CCCUUGGUCAGCGGCGUACUAAUUCCAGUCUUCAUUUGCAUUGUUUUUCCAUCCUCAAGGAACGCCUUGUAGAAAAGUAUAAUCGUGUCCGCUGCAUCCAAGGGGUUUCCACUUCUGUGUUAUGAAUCAUCCUACGUUACUUAGAACUUGGAGAAAUGUAGCUGUCAAAGGAAUAACUGAAAGCAUUGGCAAAAGGUCAUUCUACACAUGGCUUAACUUUGUCUUCAACAGAGAUACACUUUGCAUUAUGUUAGAUUAUGCAAGAAACCUUGGAAAUGCAGCCAAACAAGGCUUAAAGAGACAACCCAUUGGGUGGCAUAUUAUUUUACGAAUUCAAAUUCUUGGUAUCCUGACCUGGACAUGCCAUGAUCCUGUUGGCCAUACUGAUAAUUCAACGAUUACCACCCGUACCAAUGGCACCACAGAGUGUACAGAAAGGGGGGGACUGAGUGCAAAGAUUUGUUGCAGUAGUGCAUCAGCACUCUGUCAGACAGGAAACAAAGAUGGCAAGAUCUGGAACUCUCCUGCCAUACCUUGCUCAGAGAGAAAUUCAGUCUUGCUGUUUUUCUCCUCAGAAGAGUGUUCUGCUUCAGAAGAAGUGUUCGCUUCAACAGCAGAAUUGUGUUCAGAUAGUUUUCCUUUAUUUCCCUCAUUAUGGAACAAUGGGAUUGCUGUCACCUUUUGUUGUUUUAUGCACUUGUUGAAAUCGUUAUUUAGUUCUUUGAUACUGAGCUCUCUUUACUAAUAAGUGAUCAAAGUUAAAUGGAAGGAAGUGGUUACCAUGACUAGUGCAUGUAAUUGUGCAAACUUUUCCAGCUUUUAAAAUUAACAAUAUCAUCAUUUUGGUGAAAAGUGAUAAACUUAUGCCUUAUGGUGAGCAAAGACAACAAUGGAUCAAUGCUGGUUGAGAAAAUCACUACCCACUGAAAAGGCUCUCUUAAGUCGAGGCAAUGGACUGAGAAAAAAUCCAUGAUCAGGAUCAGAAUUGGCCAGUAUAAACCAUAAGGAUUAUGGGAUUGAUAGAAAAUUCUAGUCAGAAUUACCAGAUUGAAGAACCCUAUUGCGGACCCUCUUUCCCUCUUUUCUUUUUCAAAAAUAUUUCAGGUUAAGAUUUAAAUGAGUUUGAUAUGUCUCAAUUUUCUUAUUGUACUCUUGAAGCUUUAAAACUUAAAACUGAGUUGCUAAGGAAAAAGCUUCAACCAUCUAGAAAUAAUACUGUGUAACUUGUUCAUCUCUUCCAGAGUUGAUGAAGAACGAAUUAAAGAAUUUGGAGCUGACAGCACUUUACAAUGACUGAAAUAAAUAUAAAGUGCUUGAAAAUCCCAAAUGGCAGGAGGCAGACCAGUUGGCUAUUUACACAGUGCAGCCGAGGAGUUAGACUUGGGGUGACUGUGAACAAUUCCAGUGAAUGGCAGGAUGGAGGACUUGAACCUGGUACCACCAGAUUACAAGUCUAACACCCUAUCCACUCGGUCACACCACCUCCUAUUUUGCAUAUAGAAAAGUUAUGUGGUAAUUUUAUUAUUGUUGAAACUGAGUACAAUAUUUUCAAAAACCUGUGCUUGAGUCACUACUAUAGAAAUCAGCACCCUUUGAUUUACCCUGUGCUUAAGACACUUUUAAGUGUAGCAGUAAAUUUAUUUAAGUAAAUAGAAUAAGAAAGAUGACAAUUUUGGCCUUGGUUGUGGAAUAAACAGUGGUGUUACAUGUAUUUGUUUCCUCAAGGCUGUGGACAAAGGAAAAAAAAAGCUCUCCACAAGCAAGCAAACCUCAAAUCUGAGGUUGGAUCUUGUAGGAGACGUUACCCAUGCUCAUUACAGAAAAAAGUACAUCUUCUAGACAUCUCAGCUCAAUUUUUUUCAAAGGUACCAUUUGGUAAUUUAAAAUCACAAAGACUUCUGUUCAGCUGAAUCAUAAUGCUGUCAGGAAAAAAAAAA